UAUAGUGAUAGUACACAAACAACUCAUAGUCGCUGCAAUUCUUCAUUUCUUCUUAUCAGCUCUCUUUUCCCUUUUUACAUGAUAUUGAACCUCGUUUUUGUCUCUCUCUCUCUCUUCCUUCUCCAGUAGCCAAAUAGAUUCAUAUAGGGUGCUAGAUUAUUGACUCACUACAUGCAUAUUUAUAUGUACAAGAAUGGGUUAUAGAGAGCUUAUAAUAAGAAGCUAUGAUGUGCAAAACGAUAAAGCUCGAGUAGAAGAUCUUGAGAGAAGAUGUGAGGUAGGCCCAGCUGAAAGAGUGGUUCUCUUCACAGAUACUAUGGGUGACCCCAUCUGUAGAAUCAGAAACAGUCCGAUGUAUAAGAUGCUGGUAGCCAAGUUUGGAGAUGAACUGGUUGGUGUCAUUCAAGGCUCCAUAAAGCUUGUAGCCCUUCCUCAUAAGCCUCAUAAUGAUCUUGCCAAGCUUGGCUACAUCUUGGGCUUGAGGGUACCGCCCCUUCAUCGGCGAAAAGGGAUUGGCUUGAGGCUAGUACUCAAACUAGAGGAAUGGUUCAUCGCUAAUGAUGUUGAUUAUGCGUACAUGGCGACAGAGAAAGAUAAUGAAGCUUCGGUUAAGCUCUUCAUGCACAAGCUCAGUUAUGUCAAGUUCAGGACACCGGCUAUUCUUGUAAAUCCAGUUAAUUAUAGAACUUUACCUAUAUCAUCAAGCAUUGAGGUAGCAAAGGUCAAGCCUGAAGAAGCUGAGCUACUAUACCGCAGAUUCAUGACUUCAACUGAGCUCUUCCCCGAUGACAUAGGCAAUAUACUAAAGAAUAAGCUAAGCUUGGGGACUUGGGCGGCUUAUCCUAGGGGCGAAUCAUUGGGUGGUUUCGGUUCGGAUGGGAAAUUUCCAAACAAUUGGGCAGUUCUUAGUGUAUGGAACAGUGGAGGGCUGUUCAAGCUCCGGCUAGGAAAAGCACCAUUACCAUGUGUGGUUUACACAAAAGGCUCCAGGCUGAUCGAUAAAAUGUUUCCUUGCUUUAAACUGCCAGCAAUACCUGAUUUUUUUCAGCCAUUUGGAUUCUACUUCAUGUAUGGAUUGCACCAUGAAGGACCCUCAUCGGGAAAUCUGGUUCGUGCCUUGUGUAAAUUUGUUCACAACAUGGCUACAAGGAAUAAGGAUUGUAAAGUUGUUGUAACAGAAGUUGGAGGUAGCGACAUUCUAAGGCUUCACAUCCCACACUGGAAAUCACUCUCUUGUCCAGAAGAUUUGUGGUGCAUAAAGGCCUUGAAAAACGAAGAGAAGAAGACCAUUGAUGAAUUGACAAAAACCCCACCAACCAAACCUCUUUUUGUAGACCCAAGGGAGGUUUGAACAAUAAAUUAAAAUAUCCCUGACCUUACGCCUUCCUGCUUCAGGCCAAGCCCCACCUCAUGUAUUGUUAGAUAAGUCCAUCCAUCUCGCUUUGUGGGGGCUUUUCUCUUGUUCCUUUCACAUCGGUGACACAAAAUCUCAAAAGAUUUCCUUAAUUAGGUGCCA